AAAUGAAAUGUAAGUUGACGUCCAAACAAGUACUUUGAGCGGAGUACAUAAAAAAAUUAGCCCUCGAAUUGGGAGUUUUCUUCUUAUGUUCUUGAUUGUGUUUCCCGGACGUACAAUCUGUCUUCUGGUAUGAAUGAUGGAAGUAUCAAAAUUCACCCAAGAUGUGUUUUGGCUGGGGCCCUUUUCCGUUUGUCAGCUGGCUAUCGAGGCUACCCCAGGACAUCUCUCAGUUCAUCAAGGUCUCCCAUGCUUUUCUGCAGCCAGUUCAGUGGAAUGCUCUUUACUGGCAGAAGUUUGGCUUCAUUUUUCUAAUCUGCGCAUCUGGGGUAAGUAUUCCUCCAAAAUUUUUGGAGAAAUGAAGGUGAACUCUUGUGCUAUGAACUUUUUACAGAGUAAAUACUCAUUCAGAAAAUGAGAAAAUGAGGGAAACUCUCAAUUUAUUUUCCAUAGUUUUAUAAGCAACUUACUGUCUCUUUCCAUUUCUUCAUCUAGUUUCUCAUUUAACAGCGGCGCCAAACCAUGCCACCAUUUGAAUUUUUCAUUGCUGCUCCGGGGCAAAUGAAACUAACAGAAUCAUGUCUUCUUCAAUUAUUUUCAGUUGCAGUAGAUGCAGCUCCCAAAAACAAGGCAGAGCAUGCGACAAUAUUGCGACAAAAUCAGGAGUUUAUUAGGUACUUGAUGCUCUCUUAGUUUUGACGGAAGGGUGUCCGUUCUGCUUCGUGGGGGGACGAGCUUGCUCCCCUUUAGUGCUCUAUACAAUUUAUCUAAAACAGCUUUCCUCAUGCGUAUUUGCAAAGUCGGUCAUUAGCCAUUAGUCUGUAGAUUCUUACUCUAGAUCAACCAUGAACCUUAAUGAUCUGGUUAGCAGUUUCUCAGACUCUAUAGAGUGCGUUCUGUAGAACUCAUCUCGUAUAGAGAAUGACUUUGAUUCUGAAAUUGUAUAGUUGAAGCUCGAAAAACACACAUCUAAAGAUGGAAGUUGAUCAAACCUUUCGAGAAAACUUGGAGACUCCUUUUUUUAGCAUUGGUUAAGGCUUGUUUGGGAUGCAUUCUUACUGUUUUUAGUUAAUUGCAUUCCCAAAUCUGACUCGUUGACCACUUCAUACUCUAUGGGUGCAUUUCCAAAC